AUGUCAUGUCCUCAGUUCGAAGGAAAGAUGUGCGCUGGUCAGGGCGAAUGCAGUUGUGGAAAAUGUCGAUGCGAGGAAGGCUACACAGGAGACGAUUGUUCCUGCUCUCUGGAUACCACUCCUUGCACUGAAGGAGGGGAAAUAUGCAAUGGACACGGAACAUGUGAUUGCGGUAAAUGCGUUUGUCAUCAGGGUUUUACGGGACUGACGUGCGGUAUCUCAGCGCAAAAUGAACUGGAUGAUAAAUUUUCAAAAUUAGACGAAUCGAUAGAAGACGAGGCGUUGCAUGAACAAGUAGAUGAUGAGAAGGAUGCGGCGGAUACAAGUAAAGAGGGCGAAGCGCGGGAUUUGAGUGAAACAGCAGAAGAACAGGAUGAAUCCGCCAGGCAUACCGAAGAGCCUCAGCCAAAAAGUGCUGCGGAAGGUGAGCAGUUGGAAGACGAUGAAACCGGAAUUGGAGGUGGUGGUGAGGAGCACGAGGAAGUGAAGGAAGAGGAAAAGGACCAGGAAAAAGGAGAUAUGAAAACCGAAAACAAGAAGGUUGAGGACGGUAAGUUUGGUAUUUUUCCAGAAAUGCUGUCAUAA